CUUAAGGAGUCACAUCUCAGUGGUGACCAGGUGCCAGAUAGCUGUAUGCUUCAUUUAAGGGAGCUCAGAGGGAUCAGGAAAGACUUCCCAGGAGAGAGGACCUUUGAGCAGGUUCUGAAAAGAUUGGGUAGGAUUCUGACAGGGGAGAAAGGUCAUUCCAAGCUGAUGAAAGAGUACGAACAAAGUUAGGAAAGUGGGAGCAAGAAUUCAGUAAGCCUGGCGGGUGAGGUACGGGUCAGCGGGAAUCUCAGGAAAAUAGCUGGUGUGGGCCAGGUGUUUGGACGCUACAUAACCUAGGAUUUUAGGGAGGUGACUGGUGGCUGGGAUCAGGGAUGGGAAUGGAAUGAGACUGAAGGCAGAGGCCGGUAAGGUGGAGGAGGGUCUAAGGUAGCACAGAGUGGUAGGGAUUAUGCAAUAGGAACAGGCUGGCAAAGUACUGGGAUGAGGAACCGGUAGGGCUGUUUCCACCGUGUGAAGGAGGGGGAAGGAUUUGAAGACAAAGAGGAUAGAAGGUGGUGUGCUCAGUCCCCCAGGCCCUGACCUUCUCUCCUGCCAUGAGGUGGGGCUGCCAUUUGCCCAGGGCCUCCUGGGGCCCUGGUCUGGGAAGAGUACUCCAGCCAGCAGAUGAACGUAUCCCCUUCCUGAUCCACUGGAGUUGGCCCCUUAAAGGGGAGCGCCCCCUUGGGCCCCCUAGGGCCUUUAUACGCCAUCACGGAAGCUCAGCGGGCAGUGGUCCCCCAUCAGGGAGGCACGGACAGUUGUUCCAGGACAUCGCUGCAGCUGAAGCUAUCCAGCGGCACCGCCAGAACCUGGCCGAGUGGUUCAGCCGGCUGCCCAGGGAAGAGCGCCAGUUCGGCCCAACCUUUGCACUAGACACGGUCCAUGUAGACCCUGUGAUCCGCGAGAGCACCCCUGAUGAGCUGCUUCACCCACUGGCUGAGCUGGCCCUGGAGCAUCAGCCACCCUCUGCUGGGCUCCCCCCACUGGCCCUGUCUCAGCUCUUUGACCCAGAUGCCUGUGGGCGCCGCGUGCAGACGGUGGUGCUCUACGGGACAGUGGGCACAGGCAAGAGCACGCUGGUGCGCAAGAUGGUCCUGGACUGGUGUUACGGGCGGCUGCCAGCCUUCAAGCUGCUGAUCCCCUUCUCCUGUGAGGACCUGUCAUCCCUGGGCCCUGCGCCGGCCUCCUUGUUCCAGCUUGUGGCCCAGCGCUACACACCCCUGAAGGAGAUUCUGCCUCUGAUGGCCGCUGCCGGUUCCUGCCUGCUCUUUGUGCUCCACGGCUUGGAGCACCUCAACCUUGAUUUCCGGUUGGCGGGCACGGGGCUUUGCAGUGAUCCGGAGGAGUUGGAGGCGCCAGCUGCCAUCAUCGUCAACCUGCUACGCAAAUACAUGUUGCCCGAGGCCAGCAUUCUGGUGACCACCCGGCCCUCUGCCAUCGGCCGCAUCCCCAGCAAGUAUGUGGGCCGCUAUGGCGAGAUCUGUGGCUUCUCUGAUACCAACCUACAGAAGCUCUACUUCCAGCUCCGCCUCAACCAGCCAGACUGUGGGCACGGAGCUGGCGGGGUCUCAGCCACGCCGGCUCAGCGUGACCACCUGGUGCAGAUGCUCUCCCGGAACCUGGAGGGGCACCACCAGAUCACCGCUGCCUGCUUCCUGCCCUCCUAUUGCUGGCUUGUCUGUGCCACCCUGCACUUCUUGCACGCUCCCACACCACCUGGCCAGACCCUCACGAGCAUCUACACCAGCUUCCUGCACCUAAACUUCAGUGGGGAGAUGCUGGACAGCACUGACCCCUCCAAGUUGUCCCUGAUGGCCUAUGCAGCCCGAACCAUGGGCAAGUUGGCCUACGAGGGGGUGUCCUCCCGCAAGACGUACUUCUCUGAAGAGGAUGUCCGUGGCUGCCUGGAAGCUGGCAUCCAGACGGAAGAGGAGUUUCAGCUGCUGCAUGUGUUCCGCCGGGAUGCCCUGAGGUUUUUUCUGGCCCCGUGCGUGGAGCCAGGGCACCUGGGUACCUUCGUGUUCACUGUGCCCGCCAUGCAGGAAUACCUGGCUGCCCUCUACAUCGUGCUGGGUUUGCGGAAGACGACUCUGCAGCGCGUGGGCAAGGAAGUGGCCGAGCUCGUGGGCCGUGUCGGGGAGGACGUCAGCCUGGUCCUGGGCAUCAUGGCCAAGCUGCUGCCCCUGCGGGCCCUGCCCCUGCUCUUCAACCUGCUCAAGGUGGUUCCACGUGUGUUCGGGCGUGUGGUAGGUAAGAGCCGCGAGGCAGUGGCCCAGGCCAUGGUGCUGGAGAUGUUCCGAGAGGAGGACUACUACAACGACGACGUCCUCGACCAGAUGGGUGCCAGUAUCCUGGGUGUGGAGGGCCCCCGGCGCCACCCGGACGAGCCCACAGAGGAUGAGGUGUUUGAGCUUUUCCCCAUGUUCAUGGGCGGGCUUCUCUCCGCCCAUAACCGGGUAGUGCUGGCUCAGCUCGGCUGCCCUAUCAAGACCCUGGAUGCCGUGGAGAAUGCCCAGGCCAUCAAGAAGAAGCUGGGCAAGCUGGGCCGGCAGGUGCUGCCCCCCUCGGAGCUCCUUGACCACCUCUUCUUCCACUAUGAGUUCCAGAAUCAGCGCUUCUCCGCCGAGGUACUCGGCUCCCUGCGCCAGCUCAGCCUGGCGGGCGUGUGCAUGACACCCCUCAAGUGCACGGUGGUGGCAGCUGUACUGGGCAGUGGAAGGCAUGCCCUGGACGAGGUGAACUUGGCCUCCUGCCAACUGGACCCUGCCGGGCUGCGCACGCUCAGGCCUGUCUUCCUGCGUGCCCGGAAGCUGGGCUUGCAACUCAACAGCCUGGGCCCCGAGGCCUGCAGGGACCUCCGAGACUUGCUGCUGCAUGACCAGUGCCAAGUUACCACCCUGCGGCUGUCCAACAACCCGCUGACGGCGGCGGGCGUGGCCCUGCUGGUGGAGGGGCUGGCGGGAAACACCUCGCUGAAGCACCUGUCUCUGCUGCACACCGGCCUUGGGGACGAGGGCCUGGAGCUGCUGGCUGCCCAGCUAGACCGUAACCAGCAGCUACAGGAGCUGAAUGUGGCCUACAACGGCGCUGGUGACACAGCGGCCCUGGCCUUAGCCAAGGCUGCCCGGGAGCACCCUUCCCUGGAGCUGCUGCAUCUCUACUUCAACGAGCUGAGCUCAGAGUGCUGCCAGGCCCUGCGGGACUUGGGGAGCACCCCUGAGGGCAGUGCCCGGGUCGUGGUGUCGCUGACAGAGGGGACAGCAGUGUCCGAGUACUGGUCAGUGAUCCUGGGUGAAGUCCAGCGGAACCUCAACAGCUGGGAUCGGGGCCGGGUCCGGCGCCACCUGGAGCUUCUGCUGCGGGAUCUGGAAGAUAACCGGGGAGCCACCCUUAAUCCUUGGCGCAAAGCCCAGCUGCUUCGAGUGGAGGGCGAGGUCAGGGCCCUCCUGGAGCAGCUGGGAGGCCCUGGAGGCUGAGACAGUGGCAGCAGUGUAUGUCCCCUGGCCCCAAGCCGCUUCUGUCUGUGGCCUCCUAGCUUGCACUACCGCUUCCAGAAAGAUCCCUUCAGGGCUGGAGGCAAAGGAAUGGGCACAGCUGUGCCAGUUGCUCUCCUGGGGCAUGUCCAACCAGUGCUUCCAAGUCUGGAGUUUUCAGAGUCAUGGAACAUGCUUCCCCUCUCUUCUGCUAGAAGGACUGAAAGAUGUGGCGUUUUGGUGGCCACAUUGUCCUGUAGCACCACCACCAAGCUCCUCUUGGAUUGUGCCACCAGGGGGCACACUUCUUUCGUCGGCCUUGCCAUCCAGAUGUGUUGGAGGGCCUCCGCGUCCUGCCUUUAUGCUUUCUGGGGACACUCUGGGACACCCAGGAUGCCAGCAGCCACUUUCCUCUCUCACUGGUGCUGUGUCCUCACCCUUGUUUCCCCUUCACCACAAUGGUACCCAAGCUCGGUGGCCCCUAGGGGCAUGGGUGCUGACUUGCUGCUGUUAAAGAGCUGU